AUGGCAGACUCAGAACAUACAGGCUGGAAUGCCUAUCACUACUACCCUUCCAAAGCUGCAGGUAUAUUGUUUGUUGUGCUAUUCCUUAUUCUUUCCGUCAUCCAUACAUACCGUCUACUUGGAACCCGAGCAUGGUUCUUCAUCCCGUUAGUGACAGGCACUUGGUUUGAGUCUGUAGGAUACAUCGGAUGUGUUCUGUCGGCUAACGAAUCUCCACACUGGACAAUUGGUCCGUACGUGAUGCAGAGUACCCUACUACUCGUUGGACCCGCGCUUUAUGCCGCUAGCAUAUACAUGGAGUUAGGCCGAAUCAUCUAUCGAGUCAAGGCGGUAAAAUUGGCCAUAAUCCGGGUGACAUGGGUGACCAAGAUCUUCGUUGCAGGAGAUCUGCUCAGCUUCCUGAUGCAGGCCUCAGGUGCUGGUAUUAUGGUGUCCAGUUCUAAAAACAUUGGUGAAGAUAUCAUUCUGGGUGGUCUAUUCAUCCAGAUUUCUUUCUUUGGGUUGUUCCUUAUCAGCGCUCUCGUUUUCCAGAGUAGAUUAGCCAGACGUCCUACUUCAGAGUCUGUUGAUGAUAACACUCCCUGGCAAAGGCAUAUGUUUGCACUGCACUUCUCAAGUCUCCUCAUUCUGAUCCGGUCGAGUUUUCGAGUCGCGGAGUAUAUUCAAGGCUCGGAUGGCUUCCUACUCCGAAACGAAGUCUUUGUUUACGUGUAUGACGGAUUCCUAAUGCUUUUUGUAACCGUUGUCUUUCUGGUCAUUCAUCCAGGUGAAGUUAAUUUCUUGGGCCGAGGGUGA